ACAGAAUCCGCCCCUGCCCAGCCCCUCCCACCGGUUCCAGCCUUUCUUAAGCGUCAGGGCUCAGUGUUCCCUCAAUGCUGGCCUUAGCUUCCGUGACCUGGAGACCGGCGCGGUGCUGGUGUCCUAGGUAAGCUUGCAGCCUCAGCUUCUGGCCCAAAGUUGCCAGCGGGGUUUGUCGCCCGCCCGCGGAGCCGUCCACUCUGUCACCUGGUCUGGCUAGCAGGACAGCAGGAUACUCCUUUGGCGGUGUCCCAGCACGAGAGCUCUAAAGAGUGACCUCGCGUAUCCGGAAGGGCCACAGAAAGACCCUGUAAUAUGCCUAAACCAGUUCUGUUUGAUGUUGACAAUAAUGCCAAGCAGGACAGAUGGAAGGAAACUGCCAGGCAGAGCCAUGUGGAUCUGGUGUCCAGUCUGAGUCCCUCAUCUGAAGCUUCUAGCCAGGGCAAGUGUGGAGCCGAUGAGAAAGUCCAGGUGUCUAAGGACAUUGUGGUGACCUCUGAAGAUGGCAUCAUGAAGAUUGUGUUCAAUCGACCCACCAAAAAGAAUGCCAUAACUUUACAGAUGUAUCAAGAGAUUAUGCUUGCACUUAAAAAUGCCAGCACCGAUAACUCAGCCAUAACUGUUUUCACAGGAACUGGCGACUACUACUGCAGCGGGAAUGACCUCACUAACUUGAUUAAUGCCACCGGUGAAAUACAGGAGGCAGCUAUAAAGAGUGCUAUGGCACUGAGGGAAUUUGUAAGCUGUUUUAUAGAGUUCCCUAAGCCUCUGGUUGCAGUAGUAAAUGGCCCAGCUGUGGGAAUUGCUGUCACUCUUCUGGGACUAUUUGAUGCUGUCUAUGCAUCUGACAAGGCAACAUUUCAUACUCCAUUCAGCCACCUCGGCCAGAGCCCAGAAGCAUGCUCCUCCUACACUUUUCCAAAGAUAAUGGGCUCAGCAAAGGCAACUGAGAUGCUUCUCUUUGGGAAGAAGCUCUCAGCAAGAGAGGCUUGGGCUCAAGGCCUUGUCACUGAAGUUUUUCCGGAAAGCACCUUUGAGAACGAAGUCUGGACCAGGCUGAAAGCAUAUGUGAAGCUCCCGCCAAACGCGAUGAAAAUUUCCAAAGAGCUAAUGAGAAAAAAUGAGAAACAAAAGCUCCAUGCUGUUAAUGCUGAAGAGUGUGCUGUGAUCCAGGAAAGGCUGACAUCAGAAGAAUCCUCAAAUGCACUCAUGAACUUCAUGUCCAGAAAAGCAAAGCUGUGAAGACCACCACAGCAGUUAGACCUCUCAGAGGAAGGAUGUGCUGCAAUUCUGGUUUGGGGUCCUUGAACUACACACACUUCACUGUGUCUUUUUCUUUACUAACAUAGCAGUUAUGGGAAUGCCCCAGUCAUGACAAAUAAAAACUUCCAA